AUGAUUGGUUCCUUCAGGCACCAUGGCAUCAUUCCAUGGGACGAUGAUGUUGACGUCAUGUUAAACUGGAAUGACUCGUCCAAACUCUACAAAGCAUUGAGCCAGUACAAGAAUGAAGAAUAUUCGGUAUAUGCCGGUCUAGUAGCAUCACUAUCCUCAUACAUAUUCAAAAAUACCGACAACAAUAUCGACUUUAACAUGCGGUUCGCCAGCAAACGGUUUCAGUGGAAGUAUUACUCAAAUAAGGCCAGGAAAGUACUCAUCUGGCCUUACAAAUAUCCGUACAUCGAUAUUUUUUUUUACGAAGAUAACUCCACGCAUCUCAAAUUAUCCUCCCAAUCUUUCCCAGAGAUUUAUGAGAAGAAGCUAAUCUUUCCAUUAAGCAGUCGACCGUUUGAAAGCCUCUCCUUACCGGCUCCUUGCAACUUACCGAAACUAUUCGAUUCCAGAAAUAUCGAUAUCGACACGUGCGUCUCGAGUUCGUUCAACCACAAAAUCGAUUUGCCGAUGCUGAAAUCGCCCAUCACUGUUCCUUGCAAGACCUUGGAUAAAAGUAUCCCAACGGUUAACCGGACUCUAAUAAAUCGGAAUAAUUUCUUAAACCGAUACGAUACCAAUAAAGAGACGUGGAUUAGUAGGAAAAUUAGAAAAUUAGUGAUUAGGAAUGAGCUAGAGGGGUCCAAAGAAUUAAUAGUUGAGGUUUUAAUUAUCAAUGACCGGCCCGUUAAUCAACAUCAUAAUCUUCACCAUCAACACCUUCUUUUCACCAUCGCCAAGCACCAAAUUGUUGAUUGUUCUCCGUGUUCUAAGUUGAAGUAG